AUGGAGCAGGUUGAUAUACCAUCAAUGGAUACGACUCAUCUCAAUAUUGGGUUUAGUCAGUUGCCAUUAUUCUUUUCAUCUUUGCUGGAAUCAACGAAUGUGGCAUCUAGUAAUAACAGCUUUCCAACUAAUGGGUGGCUAGGCUGUUCACAUAAAGAUGGUUGGGCACCGUUAUCGCCAUUCUACAGUGAUAUUUCUCCGUGUUUUUUACAGGGUAUAAUAUUUGGUAUCUCAUCCGUUUUAAUGAUUGGUGCUGGUACAUACCAGAUUGGCGUUUUAAGGAAUAUAAAGGUUAAUGUCAGCAAUAGAGUUUCAUGGACAUUUUAUGCUAAGAUAAUAUUAGUUGCCUUGCAAUUUGCUUUCCAAAUAGGGCUUUUUGUAACUUAUAACGGGAAGGAUAUUAUUGCUUUAUCUUUGGUUUUAAAUACUGUUGCAAUUAUAGUUAGUUUUGGUUUACACUAUAUCGAGCAAUUUAAAGCGACUAUACCAAACGGAGUCUUGCUCUUUUAUUGGUUGUUCCAAAUUAUUUUAAACCUCGGGAAAAUUGUUAAUUUAAACUUAAGAAAUGCUAUCCAUAGUCAUUUUGCAAUUAUCACAGUUGUAUCUUGUGUAAAUGCUUUCUUUAUCUUAUUCUUAGAAGUAUAUUUCCCUGUACAACCAAGAAUCCCUUUCAAGUCUACUGUUAGAACUUCACCAUAUGAUUCAGCUAAUGUUUUUUCUAGGAUUACAUUCAAUUGGAUGGGCUCAUUGAUGAGAAAAGGUUACGUCCAGUAUUUGACUGAACGUGAUUUACCUCCUUUGCCGAGGAACUUGAAAUCUUCUAAUACAUCGAGUGCAUUCAAUCAUUAUUGGAAUACACAAACCAGUAGGCCUUCAUUAGCUUGGGCUCUUUCGAAGGCAUUUGGUGCCUCCUUUUUACUUGGAGGUGUUUUUAAGGGUUUACAGGACUCUUUAGCAUUUGUUCAACCUCAAUUAUUGAGAUUACUUAUUAAGUUUGUUAAUGAGUAUUCUGAAUCGUUGAAGAGAGAUGAUCCAAUACCAUUGACAAAAGGUUUUAUGAUUGCGGGGUCUAUGUUCGUUGUUUCAGUUACCCAGACUGGCUGCCUACAUCAGUAUUUCCAAAGAGCUUUUGAUUUAGGAAUGAAAAUAAAGACUUCAUUAACUUCUAUCAUCUACAACAAAUCCUUGGUUUUAUCAAAUGAAACAAAACAAGAAUCGAGUACUGGAGAUAUUGUUAAUUUAAUGUCUGUUGAUGUUCAAAGAUUGCAGGAUUUAGUUCAAAACUUACAAAUUAUUUGGUCUGGUCCAUUUCAAAUUAUAUUAUGUUUGCUAUCUCUACAUAAUUUAUUAGGGAGGGCUAUGUGGGCAGGUGUCGGUAUUAUGCUUAUAAUGAUUCCUUUGAACGGUGUAAUUGCAAAAUACCAGAAGAAGCUUCAAAAGCGCCAAAUGAAAAAUAAAGAUGAGAGGUCGAGAUUGAUUAGUGAGAUUUUGAAUAACAUUAAAUCAUUGAAAUUAUAUGGCUGGGAGCAUCCUUAUUUAGGUAAGUUGAGUCAUGUAAGAAAUGAAAAAGAAUUACGUAACUUGAAGAAGAUGGGAGUGUUUGGUGCAGUUUCUGUAUUCACUUGGAACUUGGCUCCAUUUUUGGUGAGUUGUUCUACAUUUUCUGUCUUUUUAUUAUUUGAAAAGGACAAAACUUUGCUGACUGAUAUUGUUUUCCCUGCGUUAGCAUUAUUCAAUUUAUUAUCUUUCCCAUUGUCUGUUGUUCCAAUGGUUAUUACAAAUAUUGUUGAAGCACAAGUAGCACUUUCAAGAUUAACAAAGUUCUUGACUAGUUCUGAAAUACAAACAGAUGCUGUCAUUAAAGCUCCAAGAGUUAAUAAACUUGGUGAAGUCGCAGUUUCAGUGAAAAAUGGUACAUUUUUGUGGUCUAAGAAUAAAAAUGAUGACAAUUAUAAGGUCGCCUUAUCCCAAAUUAGUUUUGAGUCUAGGAAGGGUAACUUAGAUUGUAUUGUUGGUAAGGUUGGUUCCGGAAAGUCUUCCUUAAUUCAGGCUUUUCUCGGUGAUUUAUAUAAGUUAGAUGGUGAUGUUAGACUCCAUGGUAAAGUUGCCUAUGUAUCUCAAGUCCCUUGGAUUGUUAAUGGAACUGUUAAGGAGAAUAUUUUAUUUGGACAUAAGUAUGAUGCUGAAUUCUAUCAACACGUUUUAAAAGCAUGUGCAUUGACGGUUGAUUUAAGUAUAUUACCUAAAGGUGAUAGGACAGAAGUCGGUGAAAAGGGUAUUUCAUUAUCUGGAGGCCAGAAAGCAAGACUUUCUUUAGCAAGAGCGGUAUAUGCAAGAGCUGACGUGUAUUUGUUGGAUGAUCCACUAAGUGCUGUUGAUGAGCAUGUUGGAAGACACUUGAUUGAUCAUGUUAUAGGCCCACUGGGAUUAUUAAAAUCCAAAUGUAAGAUAUUAGCAACCAAUUCCAUUGGUGUGUUAAGUAUUGCCAAUAAUAUUCAUAUGGUUAGUAAUGGUAAAAUCGUGGAACACGGUACAUACGAUGAAAUCAUGAAACAAGAGUCCAGCCUUUUACGUCAGUUAAUAAAGGAUUUUGGUAAGAAGAAGGAAGAAUUAUCUAAUGAAGGAGAAUCAGAAUCUGAGAAUGAAGAUAAAAUAAAUUUGGAAAAUUUGGAAUCGGAUUCUGACUUUGAAAUAGAUAGUUUACGAAGAGCGUCCGAUGCGUCUUUAAUUCCAGAUGACGAACGUAAUGUUGAAGAAGAAGAGGAAGAUGAAGAAGCUAAGGAAAGAAAAGAACAUCUUGAGCAAGGUAAAGUCAAGUGGAAUGUUUAUUUGCAAUAUGCGAAGGCUUGUAAUCCGACCAGCGUGAUGAUUUUCUUAGUAUCGACUGUGUUGAGUAUGCUUGUAUCUGUUGGAGCCAAUGUUUGGCUUAAGCAUUGGUCUGAAGUGAACAGUAGAUACGGCUAUAAUCCAGACAUUCUUAAGUAUUUGGGAAUUUAUUUCUUAUUGGGAUUUGGCAGUUCAGCGUUAGUCUUGGUUCAAACAUGCAUUAUGUGGAUCUGGUGUACAAUCCAAGGAUCUAAAAGGUUGCAUAAUGAUAUGGCUAUAAGCGUGUUGAGGGCGCCAAUGUCAUUUUUUGAGACAACACCAAUUGGAAGAAUAUUAAAUAGAUUCUCCAAUGAUAUCUAUAAAGUUGAUGAAGUUCUUGGUAGAGUAUUUGGUAUGUUCUUUAGUAAUUCGACUAAGGUUUUAUUUACCAUCAUUGUCAUUUGUUUUUCCACUUGGCAAUUCAUUUUCCUUAUACUCCCUCUAGGUGUGUUAUAUGUUUAUUAUCAGCAAUAUUACUUGAAAACCUCUAGAGAAUUGAGAAGGUUGGAUUCUGUCUCAAGGUCACCAAUAUUCGCAAAUUUCCAAGAAUCCCUCAAUGGAGUCUCCCUUAUUAGGGCGUACGGUCAAGAAGAAAGAUUUAAGUUCAUGAAUGAAAGUAGAGUGGAUAGAAAUAUGAGUGCCUAUCAUCCCGCGAUCAAUGCUAAUAGAUGGUUGGCUGUUAGAUUAGAAUUUUUAGGUUCAAUUAUUAUUUUAGGUGCAGCUGGAUUAUCUAUCUUAACUUUGAAAUCGGGACAUUUAUCAGCUGGUUUGGUUGGUUUGUCUGUGUCCUAUGCUUUGCAGGUCACUCAAUCGCUUAACUGGAUUGUUAGAAUGACGGUCGAAGUUGAAACUAAUAUUGUUUCUGUUGAAAGAAUAUUAGAAUAUUCUGAAUUGACCCCAGAAGCACCCGAAGUUAUUGAAGAUAAUAGACCAAAUGAAAGUUGGCCUGAAUUUGGUAAAAUCUCGUUUAAUAAUUACUCAACAAAAUAUAGACCUGAAUUAGAUCUAGUAUUGAGAAAUAUCGACUUAACUAUUAACCCUAGAGAAAAAGUGGGUAUCGUUGGGAGAACUGGUGCUGGUAAGUCGUCGUUAACUUUAGCAUUAUUUAGAAUUAUUGAGAGCUUUCAAGGUAAUAUUAGCAUUGAUAACGUUGAUACUAGCACCAUCGGAUUAAGUGAUUUGAGACACAAAUUAUCUAUAAUUCCACAAGAUUCUCAAGUAUUUGAGGGUACCAUUAAAUCCAAUUUGGACCCUACGAAUGUUUUCUCUUCUGAUCAAAUUUGGAAAGCAUUGGAAUUAUCACAUUUGAAAGACCAUGUAUUGAAAAUGUAUGAAGAAAGUGAGGACGAGGGAGUAGCAUCCGCAUUAGAUGUAAAAUUAUCAGAAGGUGGAUCUAACUUAUCUGUUGGACAACGGCAAUUGAUGUGUCUUGCAAGAGCCUUGUUAAUUCCUUCACACAUAUUAGUGUUAGAUGAAGCUACCGCUGCCGUUGAUGUUGAAACCGACCUCGUGUUACAAGAAACUAUUAGAAGGGAAUUUAAGGACAGAACUAUUAUGACUAUUGCGCAUAGAUUGAAUACAAUUAUGGAUUCCGACAGGAUUAUUGUUCUUGAAAAUGGUGAAGUUGCUGAGUUUGAUUCACCCGCCAAUUUAUUGAAGAAUAAACAAUCGUUGUUCUACGCGUUGUGUAAGCAAGGUGGUAUUUCUGAGGAUUAA